CACUUCAACUUUGUAUCUCUGCCCACGGAUGUUCUGGAGAUCGAGGUGAAAGAUAAGUUUGCCAAGAGUCGUCCCAUCAUCAAACGUUUCCUGGGCAAGCUGUCCAUGCCUGUGCAGCGGCUGCUGGAGAAGCAUGCUAUUGGGUAUGGCUCAGGAAUAAACAGGACGCUCAUAGGUUUAUCAGGAUAAUCAAAUGCUUAUGAAUAGAUAUUUGGGAAAUCCUUUACAAGCGCCAUCUAAAGCAGUAACACGUCUCUCUCUUGAAUUCCCCCCCCCCCCCCCCCCCUUCUCCCUCAUCCCUCUUCUCUCUCACCCUCUGUCCACCUCCCUCUCUUUCUCUCCCUUUCUCCCUCUCUCACCCCACUUUUCUCACUCUCACCUCCCCUCUCUAUCUCUCACCUCCCCUCUCUCCCUCCCUCCCCCUCCCCUCUCUCUUUCCUCCUCCACAGUGACCGUGUGGUCAGCUACACACUAGGCCGAAGGCUGCCAACGGAACAUGUCAGUGGACAGCUGCAGUUCAGAUUUGAGAUCACUUCCUCCAUUCAUCCAGGUUCUUCUUUCUCUCACACACAUCAUCACCUGGGUUCAAAUAGUACUAGUUUUCCUUCAAAUACUUUAGCUGCACUUGAUCGAACUUGCCUGGCGUAAUGGCGUUAAGGGGAUAAUCCCAAAGGUGCAAACCCCACCCAUCUGUUUCUCUCAGCAGGCUCAAUCAAACGCUCAAAGUUUUUGAACAGAAACACAUACUAUUUGAACCCAGGUUUGUUCACAUCCUGUUUGUCUUCUUCCUCUCAUUUAGGUUAAAGUAGUCUGUUUCUUAAUACAGAGGUAGGAAAAUUAGAAUAUAUAAUAUCUACUGUAUGUCUGUCUGUAAAUAUCAACUGUCAUAUCUAGGUGUAGACAAGCAGAUAUUAAGCAUAGGUUAUUCUGGUAUUGUCAUGUGCCAUAUUGUCAUGCUGCCUCGAUUUAUAAAAUAUUUUCUAUUCAUUGACAUACCAUAGCAGAAACAGAGUGGUCUAUUAAGAGUUAAUAGAAUGUGAGUUAAUGUGGAUAUGCCCCACUGUGUGGCAGCCAGGCCCCUGACUGGGAGGUAAUGAGCUCUGUUCUCCCCCUGCAGAUGAUGAGGACAUGUCUCUCAGCACGGAGCCUGAGUGUGCCGCUGUGCAGGAGAACCAAGUGGAAGGCCAGUCCUCCCAGGCCCAAGGCCAGGCCGAGGACACCAUGAGCCUGGGUCCGGGGGCUCCUGAACUCCCCAUGGAUAAGGAGGAAGACACUGGAGCUCCAGAACUCCCUAUUAGAGGGGAUACAGAUACUGAUACUCCCAUGGAGGGGGAUCCAGCAGGGCCUUCGGGUUCAAAGCAGCCCAUAGAUGGAGACCCAGGGCCUGGCUGUUCCAGAGCUGAGGACCUAAAAACAGAACCAAGCAAACCAGAGGUCCAUGGGGCUCAGGGGGUGGCUGUUGUGGCUGUAGCUGUUGCUGCAGAGAAGCUACCCACGGUAGAGGAGAACAGUGAGGAAGGGGACCAGCAGACCCCCUCUAGUCCUCAGCCUGCUGUCCCAAUGGAGCAGAGGGCUUUUGGGCAGGAGGCUGUGUGGGCAGAGGGUGUGGACAGUGCCCCAGCAGAGGGUCAGGUCAGCCCUGCAGUACACUCUGCUGUAGUGGAGGACAUGGAGAGUGCAGCGUAUGCAGCUUCUGGAGGGUCUGUCUCUGAGCCAGCAGGACAGCAGGCAGUGGGGCAGGAGGAGGGGGAGGGGGACUGCUGCUCCCUGCGCAUCAGGACCACCCCUAGGCGUAAGAACCGGCCCUGCUCCCUGCCCGUGUCUGAGCUGGAGACAGUCAUCGCCUCGGCUUGCGGGGAGCCUGAAACCCCUCGCUCACACUACAUCCGCAUCCACCACCUCCUCCACAGCCUGCCCUCUGCCCAGCCAGAUACCCAGGAGGACGGGGAGGGAGAGGAGGCUGAGACAGAGCCAGAUCCAGAUCCAGACCCAGACCCAGACCCAGACCCAGACCCAGACCCAGACCCAGACCCAGGCCCUGACCAGCUCAGCCCCAGGGACCAGGAGGGCUCAGAAGAGGAUGAGAAGGCUGAGCCCCUGACCCCUGGCCCCAGGAGGACGCUGCCCCGCAGCCUGUCCAUCGAGCGUCUGUCCGACCUAGCCCUGCUGCUGGACAGCGAGGGCCGCCACCCCCAGGGCCAGGUCAGGGGUCACCAGAGAGUGUCCGACGAGGAUGACAUGGAGCCAUGCUGCAGUAACUCAUGCUACGAGGGUCGAGGAGGUCACACCCGGGCACCUCUACUGGCUGCAAGCAGGACAUCUGAGGGGAGCAGCGCUUUCUCCUCCGAAGAGGACGAGGACAUGGAGGUGAGCGGAGCGGAGAGCAGGGAGCCAGGGGAUGGGAUGCCCCAAUGGCAAGAGGCCCCAUCCACGCAGGUCCAGAGCCCCCAGAGCUUCAUGGGAAAUGGAGAAUCACCCGUGGCUGGGCCCAGUGGGAGGAUAGGACGUGAGUUGUGUUCCUCACUGAAUACUAACUUGAGAUAUCAUAUCAAAUCAAAUCAAAUGUUAUUUGCCACAUGCACCGAAUACAACAGGUGUAGACCUUACAGUGAAAUGCUUACUUACAAGCCCUUAACCAACCAUGCAGUUUUAAGAAAAAAAGUGUUUAGUAAAAAAUAGAUAAGUAAAAAAUAAAAAUAACUAAGAAUUAAAGAGCAGCAGUAAAAUAAAAUAACAGUAGGGAGGCUAUAUACAGGGGGUACCGGUACAGAGUCAAUGUGCGGGGGCACCGGUUAGUCGAGGUAAUUGAGGUAAUAUGUACAUGUGGGUAGAGUUAAAGUGACUAUGCAUAGAUAAUAAACAGUACCAGCAGCAUAAAAGAGGGGGUGGGGUGGGGUGGGGGUGACAAUGCAAGUAGUCCGGGUAGCCAUGAUUAGCUGUUCAGGAGUCUUAUGGCUUGGGGGUAGAAGCUGUUAAGAAGCCUUUUGGACCUAGACUUGGCGCUCCGGUACCGCUUGCCGUGCGGUAGCAGAGAGAACAGUCUAUGACUAGGGUGGCUAGAGUCUUUGACCAUUUUUGGAGAUGUAGUUUGGAUAACUUAGGGUAUACUGACCUGUUUUUGUCAUCCCAUAGGAGAUUGUCCCUUACCUUCCAGUCAUCCUCCAGUUAGCCAGCUUCCUGCUCUGCGUCCUGAUUCCCAUCACUACCCCACCAUCGAUGAACCACUGCCACCAAGUAAGCAUUUGGUAUAAAUGUUGUCUGAGUCAUAUCAUGCAUAUUCCUUGUUGAUGAACAAUACAUACCAAGACAAAACAAAUAAUACUAAGAAAUAACCAUUGUCUCCCCUGUGUGUGUGUGUGUGUGUGUCAAAUUAAAUUAAAUUGUAUUUGUCACAUGCUUCGUAAACAACAGGCUUAGACUAACAGUGAGAUGCUUACUUACGGGCCCUUCCCAACAAUGCAGAGAGAGAAAAAAAGAGAAAUAAUAAAAUAAAUAACACUAGGAAUAAAUACAGAAUGAGUAACGAUAACUUGCCUGUAUAUCCGGGGUACCAGUACCGAGUCGAUGUUCAGGGGUACGAGGUAAUUGAGGUAGAUACAGUUUGUACAUAUAGCUAGGUAUAAAGUGACUAGGCAACAGGAUAGAUAAUAAACAGUAGUAGCAGCAUAUGUGAGUCAAAAGAGUUAGUGCAAAAAGGGUCAAUGCCGAUAGUCCAGGUAACUAUUGGUUAACUAUUUAACUAACUAUUUAGCAGUCUUAUGGCUUGGGGUAGAAGCUGUUCAGGGUCCUGUUGGUUCCAGACUUGGUGCAUUGGUACCGCUUGCCCUGCGGUAGCAGAGAGAACAGUCUUUGACUUGGGUGGCUGGAGUCUUUGACAAUUUUUAGGGUCUUCCUCUGACAGCGCCUGAUAUAGAGGUCCUAGAUGGCAGGGAGCUCGGCCCCAGUGAUGUACUGGGUCGUACGCACUACCCUCUCUAGCGCCUUGCAGUCGGAUACCAAGGAAUUGCCAUACCAAGUGGUGAUACAGCCAGUUAAGAUGCUGUCAGUGGUGCAGCUGUAUAACCUUUUGAGGAUCUGAGGGCCCAUGUCAAAUCUUUUAUGCCUCCUGAGGGGGAAGAGGUGUUGUCGUGACUUCUUCACGACUGCAUUGGUGUGUGUGGACCAUGAUAAUUCCUUAGUGAUGUGGACACGAAGGAACUUGAAGCUCUCUAUCCGCUCCACUACAGCCCCGUCGAUGUGGAUGUGGGCGUGCUCGGCCCUACGUUUCCUGUAGUACACGAUCAGCUCCUUGGUUUUGCUGACGUUGAGGGAGAGGUUGUUGUCCUGACACCACACUGCCAGGUCACUGACCUCCUCCCUAUAGGUGAGCAGGCCAACCACCGUCAUGUCGUCAGCAAACUUAAUGAUGGUGUUGGAGUCGUGCACGGCCACUUAGUCGUGGGUGAACAGGGAGUACAGGAGGGGACUAAGCAGGCACCUCUAAAGGGGCCCCGUGUUUACAUUGACAUUUUAGUCAUUUAGCAGACACUCUUAUCCAGAGCGACUUACAGUUAAUGCAUUCGUCUUAAGAUAGCUAGGUGGGACAACCACAUAUCACAGGCAUAGAAAGUACAUUUUUCCUCAAUAACGUAGCUAUCAGUAGAGUCAGAGCUAGGGGGUGUGGAGAGCCUCCGUAACAUAGAGAAGAGCCGUCUCGGUUGAGUGACCCGUCUUGAAGCCUGACUGGUUAGGGUCAAGAAGAUCGUUCUGAGAGAGAUAACGAGAAAGUUGAUCAGAGACAGCAUGCUCAAGUGUUUUGGAAAGAAAAUAAAGAAGGGAUACAGGUCUAUAGUCAGAUGAGUUAAGUGUUGGUUUCAUGAGGAGGGGAGCAACUCGGGCCAUUUUGAAGUCAGAGGGGACGCAGCCAGUGGUCAGGGAUGAGUUGAUGAGGGAAGUAAGGAAUGGGAGAAGGUCUCCAGAGAUGGUCUGGAGAGGUGAGGAGGGGAUGGGGUCAAGCGGGCAGGUUGUCUGGUCGGCCAGACCUUACUAGUCACAGGAUGUCAUCUGGAGAGAGAGGGGAGAAAGAGGUCAAGGCGUAGGGUAGUUCUGUGUGAGUGAGACCAGUGGACUCAAUAGGCUGAGUGAAUGAGUAGCGGAUGUCGUCAACCUUUUUUUCAAAGUGGUUGACAAAGUCGUCCGCAGAGAGGGAGGAGGGGGGGGGGGGGGGGGGUGGAUAAUUAAGGAGGGAGGAGAAGGUGGAAAAUAGUUUUCCUAGGGUUAGAGGCAGAAGCUUGACAUUUUGAGUGGUAGAAAGUGGCUUUAGCAGCAGAUACAGAGGAAGAGAAGGUAGAGAGGAGGGAGUGAAAGGAUGAUAGGUCCUGGAAGUUUAGUUUUCCUCCAUUUUCACUCAGCUGCCCUCAGCCCUGUUCUGUAAGCUCGAAAAGAGUCACUCAGCCACAGAGCAGGAGGGGAGGUCCAGCCGAAAGGGAGGAAAGGGGAUAGUGCAUGUCAUAGGAUACGGAAACGGAGGAGAGUAGGGUCGAAGAGGCGGAAUCAGGAGACAGGAGUGAGAAGGAUUUUUAAUAGGAGAGGAGAGAGUAGUGGGAGAGAGAGCGAAGAUUGUGACGGCACAUGACCAUCUGGAUAGGUGCUGAGUGGUUAGGGUUGGAGGAAAGGGAGACAGAAAAGGAAACAAAGUAGUGAUCAGAGACCUGGAUGGGGGUUGCAUUGAGAUUAGUAGGCGAACAGCCUCUAGUAAAGAUUAGGUCAAGCGUAUUGCCUGCUUUGUGAGUUGUAGAGGAUUUGGAAAGGGUAAGGUCAAAAGAGGCGGGGGAACUCUCCAAGGGCACCUGGUGGGCGAUAGAUGACAAUAAUGUUAAGCUUGAGUGGACAAGUGACAGUGACAGCAUGGAAUUCAAAUGAGGAGAUGGACAGGUGAGAGAGGGAGAAAAUAGAAAAUCUCCACUUAGGAGAAAUGAGGAGACCUGUGCGACCACCACGAUGACCAGAUACUCUCGGACUAUGAGAGAAAACAUAGUCAGAUGAAGAAAGAGCAGCUGGUGUAGCAGUGUUCUCUGGGGUGAUCAAUGUCUCCGUCAGGGUAAAAAAGUCAAGGGACUGAAGGGCAGCAUAGGCUGAGAUGAACUUUGCAUUCUUGACCGCAGAUCAGUAGUUCCAAAUGCUGCCAGAGACCCGGAAUUCCACAUGGGUUGUGCAUGCAGGGUACACUAAAUUAGAAGGGUUGCAGCCAAGGGGUGGGGAGCGUCUGUAAAGCCUACAGGGAGAGGUGUGAACAGGUAUAGAAAACACACACAUAGUUGACAAAGCUACAAAAGAGCAAAAAGGGAUAAUCUGUAAAUAACUAGGUAAAAUACUCAAGUGAGAGAGUGGGAGAGCCUUCCUUGAAUAACUCUGCGGAACAACUCGGCAAACCAUCUUUGUUUCGGCUACGGUUUUAGUUUUGCGACAAAACCGCCACUGACACGACCGCCACUUACAGCUGCCGCUGAGAAACCAGGGGAGACUGAAGAACUAAUUGCUAAUUGCCUAGCAGAGGUGGAGAGCACUCCUCCCUGUACUAAUUGCUGAUUGCCUAGAAGAGCUGAAACGACUCCCCGUCCAAUAUAGCCACUGAUUACCAAAACAAUUUACAAAUUGCCCUCCCUGCCCUUUGAUCCUGGUUGAUGUGUCAACAACUAUCUACAAAUGAUGAGCAGUCAGCAGUUCACACACCAAGAAGGCCACUGGGAAGACAGGCAGCACUUAAAGUAGAUGGCCCUAGCUAGCAAAAAUACAGUUCUAGACCACAACAGAUAAAGACAAUAUAAAUUAUACUUACCAUUCCUGGAGAUAUCAGGAGUCCUCUAGCUAUAGAAUGAAGCACACUGAGGUGGAGCCUGAGAAGCUGAUUAUAUACACUCAGAAAAGAGAUGAAACAACUCCCCCUCCAAUACAGCCACUGAUUACCAAAACAAGUCACAAAUUGCCCUGCUACGGCUAUGGAGAGCGAGAGCACACAGUUGUCCAGAACAGCUGGUGCUCUCAUGCAUGGUUCAGUGUUGCUUGCCUCGAAGCGAGCAUAUCAAUCAAAUGUAUUUAUAAAGCCCUUUUUACAUCAGCACGUCACAAAGUGCUUAUACAGAAACCCAGCCUAAAACCCCAAAGAGCAAGCAAUGCAGAUGUAGAAGCACGGUGGCUAGGAACAACUACCUAGAAAGGCAGGAACCUAGGAAGAAACCUAGAGAGGAACCAGGCUCUGAGGGUUGGCCAGUCCUCUUCUGGCUGUGCCGGGUGGAGAUUAUAAGAGUACAUGGUCAUUAAGGCUAGAUCGUUUUUCAAGAUGUUCAAACGUUCAUAGAUGACCAGCAGGGUCAAAUAAUAAUCACUGUGGUUAUAGAAGGAAUUUAGCUCGUCUGGUAGGCUUGCGUCACUGGGCAGCUCGUGGCGGGGUUUCCCUUUGUAAUCAGUGAUAGUUUGCACGCCCUGCCACAUCUAACGAGCGUCAGAGCCAUCGUAGUAGGAUUCGAUCUUAGUUCUGUAUUGACAUUUGAUGGUUUGAUGGCUUGUUGGAGAUCGUAGCGGGAUUUCUUAUAAGCAUCUGGAUUAGUGUCCCGCUCCUUGAAUGCGGCAGCUCGAGCCUUUAGCUCAGUGCGGAUGUUGCCUGUAAUCCAUGGGUUCUGGUUGGGAUAUGUACAUAUGGUCACUGUGGGGACGAUGUUGUCGACGCACUUAUUAAUGAAGCCGGUGACUGAUGUGGUAAACUCCUCAAUGUUAUUGGACAAAUCCCAGAACAUAUUCCCGUCUGUGCUAGCGAAACAGUCCUGUAGCUUAGCAUCCGCUUCAUUGGACCACUUCUGUAUUGAGCACAUCACUGGUACUUCCUGUUUGAGUUUUUGUAAGCAGGAAUCAGGAGGAUAGAGUUAUGGUCAGAUUUCAGAUUUGCCAAAUGGAGGGCGAGGGAGAGCUUUGUAUCCGUUUCUAUGUGUGGAGUAAAGGUGAUCUACAGUUUUUCACCUCUAGGUGACAUGCUGGUAAAAAUGAGGUAAGACAGAUUUCAGCUUACUUGCAUUAAAAUCACUGGCCACUAGGAGCGCCGCCUCUGGAUGUGCAUUUUCUUGUUUGCUCAUGUGUGUGUGUAUGUGUGUGUGUGUGUGUGUGUGUGUGUGUGUGUGUGUGUGUGUGUGUGUGUGUGUGUGUGUGUGUGUAGACUGGGAGGCGCGUGUGGACAGCCAUGGUCGUGUGUUCUAUGUGGAUCACAUCAACAGGACCACCACGUGGCAGAGACCCACUGUAGCAGCCACGCCCGACGGCAUGAGGAGGUCUGGAUCCGUUCAGCAGAUGGAACAGCUCAAUAGAAGGUGAGUGAAGGGGUAGAGGGUAAGAAAGAGGAGAGAGCUAGGGAGACACCGUUUCUGUAGUCAUGUUGUAGUCACUACAAGGUAUAACACACUUGUUUUGUAGUCAUUACGAUACUUUUGGGAUUGUUUCUUCAUUGUAUGUUCAAAAAGCACAACUGAAAACAUACACUAUAUAGGGCCAUUUGGUGGUUGUAGGAAGAACGUAAAGCUUUUUUGUUUUUUUAAUGAUUUUCAUAGAAAUGGUUCUGUUCUUUAUGAGUAUUGGGGAGUUUUGUAUUAAGAUCAAAUUAUUGAAUCUCUUUGAUACCAAAAUAUUUGUGCUGAACAUUUGGUCUGUGCUGUGGCUGCUUGCUAUGUAAGGUGUGAUUUUUAUGCUUAUAUUAGAGCCAUUACUAGAAGAACUCUCCAUCAAAUGCCUGGGAUAUUCUGAAUGGAGAAAAAAUAACUAAGUCUCGACAGUAAUAAUCAAAUGAGAAAUGUGCAGAACAGGCUGUGAAUAAGUGUUAUUGCAUAAGUGUUAUUUUACAACUGCAGUGCAUGAAAUCUCUUAACGGGAUUGGAGACCCAGAAAGCGAGGGAGGAGAAAUUCAUUUAAAUGCUUAUUGGAGGAGAGGACAGGGCCUGCCCUUGCUGCGCUGGUGGAAUUCCCUGUGUGUGUCUGGAAUGAGAAGCGUGUCCAACUGGAAGCAUGAGCAGUGGACAGUGUCGGGCUGUGUCAGAUAUAUUUUUCUUUGUCAGACCUCACGUGUAGAAGACUAAUAUGGUAGUAUAAUCCAUUGAUCAAUGGUCUCAAAUUCAAUUCCUCUCUCUCUGGGGCUUUGUGAGUAUUAGCUUGGGUUCUGCCCCUCUCUCUUCUCUGGAUGAAUUAACAUUGAAUUCAAUAUGAAAAGUCAAUAUUCAGUGCAAUACAAUUGUAUUUUAUCCCUUUACGGGCAAUUAAGAAUCUGCACUAAAUAUCACUGGCAGACAAAUUAUGACCUUUCAAGCUGGAUUUGACUGCAUAAACUCAAUGAGUAUGGUUACAUGCACACAAUAAUGCGAUUAUUGUGGAUAGUCAGAUUAAUAUAAUAGUUCGAUUAAAACGUUUACAUGCUUUGCAAGAUUUCCCUAAUAAUUCUGUUUACAUGGACACAUCUGAAAUCAGGCUACCUGAUGGCACUCUGAUAAAUGCAGAAAAUCUGAUAAAUGCAGAAAAUCGCCAAUCAAAAUAAACGUUCUACCACAGCAACCAUGUUAUUUUUUUAUCAGCGUAUGCUUACUUCGGUGUUGACCUUAUGCCUAUUAAGAUAAGCAGAGUAAGGUGUUUACAUGACUAUUGCAUAUUCUGCCUACUGCCAUAAUCAGUUUAAAAUCGAAUUAUUACUGUGCAUGUAAACGUACUCAGAUAAGAGAUAGUAUAUGAUAAGUCAUAAUCACUAGUGUCUUGCACACUUAAAGGAAUGGUCUAUAUGCAGGCACUGCUGCUCUGACUUAAGGAUGUUUAGUAAAUGUGUGCUGGUGUGUUUGUCAGGUACCAGAGUAUACAGAGGACCAUGGACACAGACAGGAGUGAGGAUGAAGGAAGCAGAAGCAGGAGUGCGAGAACAAGCCUCAAUAACAACAGCAGUGAGACAGACUCUCCUCCAAUGGCUAAUGGUAAGUGGGACCACACCACAAUGUCACAAUUACAGAAUGCAAUAAGCUGAAGUGCUAUUUAAGUGUAGUCUUGCUUUGUAAAACUCAUGGGUAUACACAGAGCCUGUUUAGUGAGAGACUUUUCAAAGUACUACAUGCAACAUUGUACACGACAGUCACCAUUCAGUUAAUUUUCCUUUGUUUUCUCCUGGUGUCUGUGUGUAGAGCUGAGAAGAGACAGCUCCUCCUCCUCCUCCUCCUCCUCGUCUCCAGUCAACAGUCAGAAGAUCACAGCUCUGCUACAGAGCCCAGCGGUGAAGUUCAUCACACACCCAGAGUUCUUCACUGUCCUCCACGCCAACUAUGUGAGUACCUGUCUCCCCAGUGGACAAUUAUAACUAUACACAGUCAGCAUGGCUCAUCUGACAAAUAAGCAUAAUUUCCCUUUGAACAGCAAUUCCAAUGCUCAGUAACAUAUUGUAGUCUUUAGUAACAGAUGCUGAAUAUUCUUCCAUUUUGGUUCAGAUUGGUUGCGUAUGGUGUUUCCAUGGUCAUGCAGUGGUCUUCUUCUCUUCUCAGGGGGCCUAUCGCAUGUUCACCAGCAGCACGUGCCUGAAGCACAUGAUCCUGAAGAUUCGUCGAGAUGCUCGUAACCUUGAGAGGUACCAGCACAACAGAGACCUGGUCACCUUCCUCAACCGCUUCGCUGACGCCCAGCUGGAACUGCCCCGGGGCUGGGAGAUCAAGACUGACCCUCAGGGCAAGGUACAGAGACAAAGAUCCUUAGUUCAUCCACAGCUAACUCACCCACCUAUUCACAUAAGGGCUGUGGGAAAAAUGGGGGGGUGGGGUGGGUUGAAUAAGUAUUCUAAUUAUUCUUUUGAUUUGGUAUUUGCCUUCAGAUCUAGCAGUGUUUAGAUUUGUGUUUCUAACUUUGGUAAGUUUUUACCUGUAACAUCUUCUCUUUGGUCCAGAACUUCUUUGUGGACCACAACAGCCGAGCGACCACGUUCAUCGACCCCAGAAUCCCGCUGCAGAACGGUUGCCUGUCCAACCACCUGACCCACAGGCAGCACCUGCAGAGACUACGCAGCUACAGCGCAGGAGAGGUCAGGAGAGUCAAACAGCACACAGAAGACAUUUCCUUGUUUUUAAGUGUUGUAACUGUUUAAUUGGGGCCAAUCAUGUAUUAGAAUUAUGGAAAUAAUUUUCCUUUUUUCAUAUGUAAUUUUUCAGGCCUCUGAGGUCUCCCGUAGUCGAGGUGUGGCCUUGUUGUCACGGCCAGGGAACAGUGUGGUGGCAGCAAUACGGAGACAGCAUCCUCCAGACCCAGUACCACAAGGUGAGUACUGUACACACACAAAGAACACAGUCAUAAAUCACAUUUACCAUAUCGUUUCUGUUGUAAGUCUAACUGUCUUCUGAAUUCAAUGUCUUCCUUCCACUCACAGCUUAUAAUGAGAAGAUAGUGGUCUUCCUGCGUCAGCCUGGAAUAUUAGAAAUUCUAACGGAGCGCCAGCCAGCCCUGUCCAGGAACCAUUCCCUGAGGUAGAUAAACACUGGGGGAUGAAUUUGAUUUAUUUUUCAAAUGAGGACCUUGUAGAUUCAGAGAAUGUGAAUAUUUCUCACUCACUGCUGUAUUGGUUCCUUAAGUACUUCCAUAACUGAACUUCCCUUUGGGAACUACUCAUGUAAUUACAGUGUAACAAGUCUUGUAAUUACUUAUUAUUACACCUUACUUAUAGCAGUAACCCUAACCUCACCCCUAACCCUAGCUUUAUGUACACAUCCUGGUUCAACCCUAUCCCGAGCCUCAACCACAAUCCUAACCCUAGCUUCAUGUCCACAUCCUGGUUCAACCCUAACCCGAGCCUCAAACCUAACCCUAACCCUAGCUUCAUGUCCAGAUCCUGGUUCAACCCUAACCCGAGCCUCAACCACAACCCGAACCCUAUCUUCAUGUCCACAUCCUGGUUCAACCCUAACCCGAGCCUCAAACCUAACCCUAGCCCUAGCUUCAUGUCCAGAUCCUGGUUCAACCCUAACCCGAGCCUCAACCACAACCCGAACCCUAUCUUCAUGUCCACAUCCCGGUUCAACCCUAACCCUCAACCAUAACCCUAACCCUAGCUUCAUGUCCACAUCCCGGUUCAACCCUAACCCUAACCCUAGCUUCAUGUUCAACCCUAACCUCAGCCUCAACCACAACCCUAACCUUAACCCUGAAGUAACCCUAAGUACAGUGUAAUAAUGAGUACUUGUUACACUGUAAUUAUAGGAAUAGUUACACAGUAUAAAGGGUUAUAAAGUUAUUCUAUUCUAUGUCAGGUUUGAUAAAACACACAUACCCAGUCUAGUCCAGAUUAUAGUGUAUGUGGCAUUGCAGGGAAAAGAUCCACUACAUCAGAACAGAGGGAACCCAAAGACUGGAGAAACUGGCAUGUGAUGCAGACCUGGUGAUACUAUUGAGGUAGGAUGCAACUGUUCAUAUUACCCGUGAAUAAAUGUUUUGUGUUGUAGUAUUGUAAUUAUCUUCACGUUUGUUACUUUUUGGAUCUCCCUGCAGCUUGUUUGAAGAGGAAAUCAUGUCAUAUGUUCCACCCUCCUUCCAUCCUGGCUUCAGCUUCUCUCCUCGUUGUUCACCUGGGUCUUCACCACAGAGCUCUCCAGGUGUGUUUACACUAAUGGCAAAUGGAGCUGUAGUGGGUUGAAAAUGUACACCCAAGAACAUUUGGUUAAUUCACAAGAAUUGUUUAAAAAAAAACAUGUCACAGAUGGUUAUCCUGGUGUUGUGUAUGUGUCUUAUGUCAUGGAGUUGAAUGUGCUUGUCAACAGGAAUGUCGAGAGCGAGAGCGCCUGCCCCUUACCGGAGAGACUUUGAGGCCAAACUGCGCAACUUCUACAGGAAACUGGAGGCUAAAGGCUAUGGCCAGGGCCCAGGAAAGAUCAAGUAAGGAAAACUGUCCAGUAACAUGAUCACUCACACCUUUUUCAAAUACAGUUACAGCUCUAUACAACCCUACUGUUUCUAAGAAGCUUUAGGAAUGUGUAUGCAAAUUAGCACCAUGCUGUAUAUCCAUGUCUGUGUUGCUCAGCAUCCUAUGAUUGUUGUGUUCCAGGCUUAUCAUCCGGAGAGACCACCUGUUGGAGGGUACCUUUAACCAGGUCAUGGCCUACUCACGCAAGGAACUACAGAGGAAUAAGCUUUACAUCACCUUCAUAGGAGAGGAGGGGUACGCCAAAGCUUCUUCUAUUGACCUGAACACAGACAUUACAACAAAGAGGGACUUUGAUCCUUGGAGUUCAACCAUUGCAUGAAAGUGCAUGUCUUUACAAAUAUGGAAUUCAAUUCAGUUACUUGAAAAAGUAAUGCAUGUGUCAAGAAAGAAACCCCUCUUGUCUUUUAAAGAAUGAACUGCUCAUUUUGGGGAGAUAUAGAGGAUAGUGCAUGUCUGUUUCAUUCUUCUGACUGCUACUGACAGAUAACUCUGGUCUUCUCUUCUCAUGCCGUCAGGCUGGACUACAGUGGGCCGUCCAGAGAGUUCUUCUUCCUGCUGUCUCAGGAGCUGUUCAACCCCUACUACGGCCUGUUUGAGUACUCAGCCAACGACACGUACACCGUCCAAAUCAGCCCCAUGUCCGCCUUCGUAGAGAACCAUCUGGAAUGGUGAGGAGGGCAUCUGCUUGUCCUGUGUUUAAACUUCCUUCAAACUCAUGAAACCUGGGUUGUGUUCAUUAGGUACCAACGGGAAGAAAACUGACUGUAACUGGGAGGGACUACCUUGACUUGUCUAUUAAGAAACACUAUUUUUCGUGUUCCAUUGCAAAGCAUUUUCAAAUGUUUUCCAUUGUCCUAAUGAACAUGACCAUGGGCUUGUUCUUAUUUGUUUACCUAUUGGAGGCAGAAAAUGAAUGGCUUUCAUGGAAGUCUCAUGUGAUGAGACCUAAACACUUUCAUUGCAUUGAAUUUGUAGUUGUGUGUGAGACCUGUCUCUGUGUGUUUUUGUGCAGGUUCCGGUUUAGUGGGCGUAUUUUGGGACUGGCGUUGAUCCACCAGUAUCUCCUGGAUGCCUUCUUCACGCGGCCCUUCUACAAGGCUCUCCUCAGACUGUGAGUGUAUGUCUGUCUGUCUGUCUGUCUGUCUGCCCGCACACACGCCUGUCUGUGUCUCUGUCUGUCUGCAUUGGCCUUAACAAUUAUUCUGUAUGGAAAAAUGUCUCUGCCAUGUACACAAGAAAGAAAAAUAAUCCAUAAUUGAUUAGUGUGCAAUCAAGCAUAAAUGUCGCCAGUAGUUUGAGGCUUAACACAGUCUAACCCAGAUUGACUUUCUAGAGUGAGAACUAAUGACAAGUCUCUUCAGAUAGGAUGAUGAUAGGCUACGACAACUGACAGAAUCAGCAUUCUUUACAUUUACACACAAAGCAAAUGUACCUCAGGCUAGUGAGUGAGUUAAUCACUCCCCUUGAUUGACUUUAAGACAAUGGAUUGCUUUGUGCAGUAAUAGUUAGUGAACCCCACAGCAGUUGUGUGAAAUAAAUAUGUUUACCUGUGCAGAGCCACUGACCUGAGUGAUCUGGAGUACCUAGAUGAGGAGUUCCAUCAGAGUCUACAGUGGAUGAAAGACAAUGACAUCACUGACGUGCUGGACCUUACUUUCACUGUGAAUGAGGAAGUCUUCGGACAGGUAUGUGUGAAGUACUAAUACGUACAGUGUCUACACACAUACACCCAAAGCAAGCUGAAGUACUGUAUAACAUGUUCUUUUUUUUUUUUUACAGUGUGUAUCUUUCAGUAUACUGUACACUUUCAUGGGGACUUUUCUAUUGUAAGGUGUGUCUGUAUUGUUACAUGGAUAUUACUCUAUUUGUGGGCAGGUAACAGAGAGAGAGCUGAAGUCUGGAGGGGCCAACAUUAAUGUGACAGAGAAGAAUAAGAAGGAGUACAUUGACCGUAUGGUGAAGUGGAGGGUGGAGAGAGGAGUGGUCCAGCAGACAGAGGCACUGGUCAGAGGCUUCUAUGAGGUACAGCAAACACUCUCAGGGCAACAACCAUUGGCCAUGGCAUGAUUUCCCCCCAUUAUUUCCAAUUUGGUUUAUUGUUUUUCCAGCCUUGCUAUGAUUUAAGAGGGUUUUCACUUUGCACUUCAAAUAUGAUUUCUUCAUGUUUCUUAGAAUGCAAUAGAACAUGACUAUCAAAUGAAAUCAACAAAUUAAUGAUGGGAGCAAUGUGUCUAAAUAUGUGACUGACUGGCUCGAUUCAAUCCUAUGUAGCAAAAUUUGAAAUUGUGUUUUUUAUAUUGGAUCAAAGUAGAGACUCAGAGCUAGAAAAUGUUAUAUCAUACACUGCAGUUUGCUUUGAAAGUUGAUAAACUUGUAACCCCACUUUUGAGAAAAUGCGCCUUGAAUGUUUUUGUACACCUACUGGAGAGCUUUUCUUUGUCUACACCCAUUCAUUUACAUUUACAUUUUAGUCAUUUAGCAGACACUCUUAUCCAGAGCGACAUACAGUUAGUGAGUGCAUACAUUUUCAUACUGGCCCCCCGUGGGAAACGAACCCACAACCCUGGCGUUGCAAGCGCCAUGCUCUACCAACUCAUUCAGCAUCGUUCACACCCUCUUAAGCCUUAGCCCCACCCAUAUCUUUAAGGAUUCACAUUUGAGGCCAUGUGCUAAACAGAGUGAGUAAGGUAGUGUAGUAAACAACCAAAGAUUUCAAGACUAAAAGUGUAAAACAGCUGUCUCCGGAUUUCAUCUUCAAACUAAGGGCAACCAUAGCAGUAGUAGUGCAUACACCAAAAAAAGUAUGCACAAUGAAUGUAAAGUCGCUUUGGAUAAAAGCGUCUGCUAAAUGGCAUAUUAUAUUAUUAUUAUUAUAGUGAAAGUAGUAGCAAAAAGUACACUUUAUCUAGUCCUUGGCCUAUAUCCUAAUCUGACUUUGGUGCAGGUCAUGUUGUUCGUCACAUUACCGUCUCUGGUAAACACACACUAUAUCAAAUAAAAUCAAAGUUUAUUUAUCACAUGCACAGGAUACAGAAGGUGUAAACGGCACAGUGAAUUGGUUACUUGUAUAUUUGCAUAGUAGCAAUAUCAAAAAUAGAAAGUGUCCAGAUAAAUAUUUUAUAAAUAUUUUAUAAUUAUUAGAUGAUUCUUACCCAGACACACUUGUCUAAAUUGAUGGGUCAUGUGAAAUAAAUGCUAUAACCACCCCCCAGCCACAUCUAGCUAAGUGGAUGGGUCACUAUUGUCUAGACAUGUACACAUGUUCAUGAAAUACGAUAGAUUACCGUAAUCACCCCUAGACACAACUGGCUAACUUGAUGGGUCAUGUAAUCACCUGGCAAAGUCUUAUGUUUAGACAUGUAGCUUGCUAGCUAGCUAAACAAUGAACCUAAUGAUGCUUUCAAGACAACUGGGAACUUGGAAAAUAUGAGGUCAAAUCAUGACGUCAGUGAUCUUCAGUUCGGAAAGUCUGGGCUCUAGAAAGAGGCCCAAGUUCCCUAGUUGGAAUUCUGUGUUGGAUGACCGUUGAAAAUGAUUUUUCCCAGUCGGAGCUCGUUUUUUUUCCCCGAGUUCCCAGUUGUCUUGAAUGCACUGAAGUCGGAAGUCAGAGAUUUCUGAGUUCCUAGUUCCCAGUUGUUUUGAAUGUGGCAAUAAUCUCAACCCAUACUGAUUGUCAUAGCUAGCCACCAUGCAUGAAUCUGCAGGUAGCUAAAGCUAACCAACUAGGUUCAAUGUUAACUAGCUAGCUAACAUUAUGCUAUAACUAGCAAUGCAAAUGUAUUUCUGAGAUACAAAUAAUAUUACUACACAGAUCAUACACGUAAUGUUACCUAGCGAGCCAGCCAGCCAGCUAACGUUAGCUAGCUAGCUAACAGUACGCUUUAACUUGCAGUGAAAACGACUUUCUGACAAAAUUAGAAACAUAUCAUAUCUGAAAAUGUAGCUAGCUAGACUCUUACCCGUAUACAUGGAUGAACGCUUCUCCCUCUCUGCCCUUAGUUUGAAGAUGAAAUCCGGAGACAGUUGUUUUAUACAACAGCCUUCUGUGUUUUCUUUUCGACUCCCUCCAGAAUUCUCUACAUCUCCUUAGCCAUCAAACUCUGUUUCCAUAUGGAAUCAUGUAGUAACCAAAAAAGUGUUAAACAAAUCAAAAUAUAGUUUAUAUUUGAGAUUCUUUAAAUAGCCACCCUUUGCCUUGAUGACAGCUUUGCACACUCUUGGCAUUAUAACAACCAGCUUCAUGAGGUAGUCACCUGGAAUGCAUUUCAAUUAAUAGGUGUGCCUUCUUAAAAGUUAAUUUGUGGAAUUGAUUUCCUUCUUAAUGUGUUUGAGCCAAUCAGUUGUGUUGUGACAAGGUGGGGGGUAUACAGAAGAUAGCCCUAUUUGGUAAAAGACCAAGUCCAUAAUGGCAAGAACAGCUCAAAUAAGCAAAGAGAAACGACAGUCCAUUACUUUAAGACAUGAAGGUCAGUCAAUACGGAAAAUCUCAAGAACUGAAAGUUUCUUCAAGUGCAGUCACAAAAACCAUCAAGCGCUAUGAUGAAACUGGCCCUCAUGAGGACCGCCACAGGAAUAGAAGACCCAGAGUUACCUCUGCUGCAGAUAAGUUCAUUAGAGUUACCAGCCUCAGAAAUUGCAUCCCAAAUAAAUGCUUCACAGAGUUCAAGUAACAGACACAUCUCAACAUCAACUGUUCAGAGGGGACUGUGUGAAUCAGGCCUUCAUAGUCGAAUUGCUGCAAAGAAACCACUACUAAAGGACACCAAUAAUAAGAAGAGACCUGCUUGGGCCAAGAAACAUGAGCAAUGGACAUUAGACCAGUUGAAAUGUAUCCUUUGGUCUGGAGUCCAAAUUGGAGAUUUUUGGUUCCAACCGCCGUGUCUUUGUGAGACGCGGUGUGGGUGAGCGGAUGAUCUCCGCAUGUGUAGUUCCCAUCGUAAAGCAUGGAGGAGGAGGUGUUAUGGUGUGGGGUUGCUUUGCUGGUGACACUGUCUGUGAUUUAUUUAGAAUUCAAGGCACACUUAACCAGCAUGGCUACCACAGCAUUCUGCAGCAAUACACCAUUCCAUCUGGUUUGGGCUUAGUGGGACUAUAUUUUGUUGUUCGACAGGACAAUGACCCAACACACCUCCAGGCUGUGUAAGGGCUAUUUGACCAAGAAGGAGAGUGAUGGAGUGCUGCAUCAGAUGACCUGGCCUCCACAAUCCCCCGACCUCACCCAAUUGAGAUGGUUUGGGAUGAGUCAGACUGCAGAGUGAAGGAAAAGCAGCCAACAAGUGCUUAGCAUAUUUGGGAACUCCUUCAAGACUGUUGGAAAAGCAUUCCAGGUGAAGCUGGUUGAGAGAAUGCCAAGAGUGUGCAAAGCUGUCAUCAAGGCAAAGGGUGGCUAUUUAAAGAAUCUCAAAUAUAAACUAUAUUUUGAUUUGUUUAACACUUUUUUGGUUACUACAUGAUUCCAUAUGUGUUAUUUCAUAGUUUUGAUGUCUUCACUAUUAUUCUACAAUGUAAAAAAUAAAAAUAAAACCUGGAAUGAGUAGGUGUGUCCAAACUUUUGACUGGUACUGUAUAUAAUUAUUUCUCACAACUAUCUACGCGCUCUCCACCUCUUACCUUUUCCCUUCGCUUGUGGACUUCAGUGCACAACACAUCAGCUGUCUGUGACCAGACCUUCAUAUCAUGACCGCUAACCGCUGCACACAGCCUCUCUCUCUCUCUCUCUCUCGUUCAAAUGCCUCUCCUGUGAAGUAGUGACGUGUGACAUAUGCCUAGUUUCCUGAAACGAGUCACAUACAGUAUGUUCUAUGUUCCUGCAAUAUUUCUCCAGGUGGUGGACUCACGGCUGGUGUCAGUGUUCGAUGCCAGAGAGUUGGAGCUGGUCAUUGCUGGGACAGCUGAGAUAGACCUCAAUGACUGGAGGAACAACACAGAGUAUAGAGGAGGUGAGCAGACUGCAGUGAAGCACAUCACUGGACAUUACCUAAUGGAGAAUCUUCAAUGAACAUGCUUUUAGUCUAGGACUAUGGUGACUGUAGUAGGUACGGUAAUCUAGCCCAACGUGUUUUAUGGAUAAUAUGUGUUUGUGAAAGGCAUGUGAUAUAAGGAGCACAUUUAAUUGUGAAGACACAGGCCACAUUCCCUUGUUGAACCAGCCCCCCUGUAGCCUGUAGCCCUUGGUCCUAAACUGUAUAUGCUAUAGCCAUCUUUUCUAUGGCAUGUCAACAAUAAAGGAGUUGGCUACUGCACAUCCGGUAUGGGACCAGCUACCACCCCUGUACCCCGUCUGUAACAUGCCUUCUUCAUUGGCCUUCUCCAUUGCAGGCUACCAUGACAGCCACAUAGUGAUCCGGUGGUUCUGGGGGGCUGUGGAGCGCUUCAACAAUGAGCAGAGGCUGCGUCUGCUGCAGUUUGUGACGGGCACCUCCAGUGUUCCCUACGAGGGCUUCACUGCGCUACGGGGCAGCAACGGCCUGCGACGCUUCUGUAUAGAGAAGUGGGGCAAGAUCACCGCUCUACCCAGGUAAUAUACAGUAAACUCUCUACCCAAGACUAUAAUUGUAUGAUUACAUUCUGCUAUUACAGGUCUGUACAUGCUUUGGAUUCAAACUUUCCUAAUUAUGUUAACCUUCAAACCCCUGCAUAACUUUCACAUACAACAUAUUUGGCGAAAAACUAUUCAGUUGAGGUGGUUGUCUAAUGCUGAUGAUCUACAGUAUAUCUAUCUUCCAGGGCGCACACAUGCUUCAACCGUCUGGAUCUCCCUCCGUACCUGUCCUACACCAUGCUCUAUGAUAAACUGCUUAUCGCUGUGGAGGAGACCAGCACCUUUGGCCUUGAGUGA